AUGACGGGAAACCUGUCUGCUGAGAACAGCCCCGUCUUCUUGCUGCUCAACUCAUCUGUUUCAGCCUCCCCUCCACCCUGGGAGGCUCCAUCCUUCACCGUGGCUGCCCGCUGCCGUGUAGCAGCCACUCUGGUGCUGUUUGUGUUUGCCGCUGGCAGUAACCUGUCCGUCCUGAUCAGUGUAUGCUGGGGCCGGGGGUAUCGCCUCGCAGCACACCUGCGCCCGCUCAUCGCCAGCUUGGCGUUAGCUGACCUGAUGAUGACGUUUGUGGUGAUGCCACUGGAUGCCAUUUGGAACAUUACAGUGCAAUGGUAUGCUGGGGACAUCAUGUGUAAGCUGCUGUGUUACCUCAAGCUCUUUGCCAUGCACUCAGCAGCAUUUAUACUGGUGGUGGUCAGUCUGGACCGCUAUCGGGCCAUCCUCCAUCCCCUGGAUUCUCUCGAUGCUGGGCUCAGGAACAGACGCAUGCUGCUGGUGGCCUGGACCCUGAGUCUGCUGCUGGCUUCUCCUCAGCUGUUCAUCUUUCGGGCCAUUAAAGCUGAUGGAGUGGACUUCACUCAGUGUGUGACCCAUGGAAGUUUCCCUUAUCCUUGGCAGGAGACGGCAUACAACAUGUUUCACUUUGUGACACUGUAUGUCUUCCCCCUGCUUGUCAUGACUUUCUGCUACUCCCGCAUCCUCACCAAGAUCAAUGGGCAGAUGCACAAGAGCAAAGAUGGCAAUCCCUGCCUGAGACGUAGUGGAACAGACAUGAUACCCAAAGCCCGAAUGAAGACCCUCAAGAUGACCAUUGUGAUUGUUAGCUCAUUUGUUAUCUGCUGGACGCCCUACUACCUCCUUGGGGUCUGGUACUGGUUCCAGCCAGCCAUGAUCAGGCACACACCUGAGUAUGUGCAUCACAUACUAUUUGUCUUUGGCAACCUGAACACAUGCUGUGACCCGGUCAUCUACGGCUUCUACACGCCAUCUUUCCGGGCUGACCUCGCUGACGUGAUGGCAUGCUGCCGUGGUCACCGAGCCAACAACGCCUCACCUCGCUCUGUGGACCGUCUGUCAGCGCGAUGUGCUGGAGCUGCUGUGGAGAUGGAGUCCGAUCUGAGCUCAAACCAGCACAGUGGGAACCCUGGGUGAGCAGUGGUGAUCCAACCCUGAGGACUUAAACAUGGUUGCAAAAAACACAGUGUUCUUAAUGCGGCUGUCAGCUGUUCCAUGCACAAGGAAAUCCACACAUCAUUGGGUGGUGUGCAACUUCUGUUUUUCUUGCCCUGUUGAACAACUAUUUGAGCUGUGAGACAUUUCAGCCAUUCAUCUCACCUAACAACUCAGGCCCUGAUUGCACCAAGUAAUGACAUCCCUCUUGAGUGAUCCGAUCAUAAGUGGACAGCUCUAAGCCGAUCAGUUUACACCAGGCAAUAACAUGCGCUGAAUAAUCAGAUCUCACUUCUCUGCUCGAUAUGCAACAACACAGAAAGGCUGGUGCAGCCAUGCUGCCACAAACUGACACCUUUUACAAGGAAACAAACAAACAACUUGUUUUGAUUUUAUGCUGAAUUAAUAAGAAGGCACCAAUGAUUUAGAAUAUGUCAUAGCCUUUUCACAAAGUUUGUUAAGUUUCUCCUCACUCAACAACUUAAAAUCAGUUUCUUGAAGAUGUUUUACCUCUCCACUCUCUUCCAAGAGGUGAAAUGUCUUCAAGAAACUGGAACAAGUCCAGUUGCCAUUGAUACAGCAUGUAGAUUUACCAUGACCUGGAUGACUGAGAACCUUCAACAACACAAGGUGACAUGGCAGUUACUAGUUCAAUGGUUGCAUCAGUACAGACAGUAUAUUCACAAACAUCUGCUGCUAACAUCAAUUACCUAUAUAUACUUGCCCCUUUCUAAGUUAGGUUAAGCAGAUAACCACAUAUUUACUCCAGCUCUGAAUCACAGAGACAUUAGAUCUAUAUGAAUGUUCUCAUCUCCCUCAAAGAAAAGAAUAUGUGAGUGUUGAACUAUCCCUUUAAGAGUGUGUGUUAACACUAUUGCUAAGAGAAGACAGAGACAAGCAGAUAAAGACUUUUUCCCUGCAUGUUUGUGAAAAAUACCCAGAUCAGUAGUACGUAUAGUAUAUAUACAUACUUUCUUGGAAAAGUGAUAUAGUCAGGAUGAUAUGCUAUAUGAUAUAUGAACAAAUUUGCGGUGAAUCAUUUGCUUUUUCAUAAAAGCAUGAAACUUGAUACACUUGUACAGUUUGGGACUCUAAACGUUUUCAGAGAUGGAGCAAUCACAAAAACGCCCCCUUGACAGCAAUGGAUCAUAGAGGAAUGCAUUAAUUAUUUCAUAGCGUUAGCAAAACCGAUAACGUCAAAGCUUAUUGAUACUAUGGUCUUUCUAAAUUUGGCCCCGGGGUCCGUUUGAUAAAGCGUUUGCGUACCCAUCCCUAUUUAUAUGAGCUGAGUUGACACUUGGACGGUAUUAAACUCACUGUAGAUUGUCAGCAUGAAAAAACCUAUUGUUUUAUAUGCAUAUAUAUGAUGAACAUGUGUACAAUCUAUAUGUGAUAAUGCACUGAAUGUGACUGUACCAACAUUAUUAUUCUCUUAGUACAAGCAGGUGUGAUGUAAAGUAUCAGUCAGACUCUCAGAUAUGCUUAAUAAAAGUUUACGGGACAAUGUCCAUGAAAGUGUUUCAGUGUGUGUGUUAAAACGGUACAGUAGGGUUCUGAAUAUCUGACAUUUAGAAAUGUUGAUAAUAUUACUCUAUUCAUGUUCACAAGCUCCUAUGGCCACAGUUGCAAUGAAAAAGCCUUUCACAUUAUUUUUGGCUUCACCUUGAUUAGCUUCCAAAAUCAGUAUUUUUGUUAAGGGGCUGUCUGAAUGAAUCUACCAUGAUAGAUGGAGUCAUUAAACAUGUUUAACCUCAAUUUUAUUACCCUGUUUAAACCAGGAACCAGGCUGGCUCCCUUA